CUCAGAGCGCAGCACUCCGCCAAGGCUGCUCAGUCGUAUCAUUUCCGAUGGAUGAAAUCUUGGCAGGUCGUGGCAGAAAUCACGGCACCAUAGAAUGUGACCAUUUAAUAUCGAUGUACCCACAAAGAAAAUGACCUUGCACUGAACACAGGCCUGUGUUACACAUGUGUGUGUUAUGUGUGGAUACGGAAUUGCGACACCUAUAUACACCCCCUGUCAAAAGUUUUAGGACACUUUCUCAUUCAAAUAAAGUAGAACCUGUCCUACAGCUUUUGACAGGGAGUGUAUCUACCAAAUUUGGUACACAUAUGCAGCACAUCAGGAUGAACAAAAAAGUCAGUGACAGCCCAACAGGAAGUGAGCUAUUUUGCGUUGAAUGUCAGAUUUUGCCCAUUUUUCAUUUAUUCUAGAGCGAACUCCUUCUAGGGGGAAACUCCAAUUCACCUCAAAUUGGGCCAGUACAUACAGGAGGCCUUAAUGAUCCAAAGUUAUUAAAAUCUUUUUCCAAAGUCAAAGGAUGUGUCCAUGGAGGCCUCUGGAAUUUUGAUCCUUCCCCUUGAAAUUUCAAAUGCUGUGUAAAUGCCCUGAACGUGCUCCAAUCUGCCUGAAACUUUACAUGUAUGAUCAGAGUCCUGCCCUGAUCACAUCCAUAUGAUGAAAUACACCCCCUGUAAAGAGUUGUAGGACAGGUUCUACUUUAUUUGAAUGAGACAGUGUCCUAAAACUUUUGACAGGGGGUGUAUGUAGCAGAUGGCGGGAAUUGAUGGGACUCAGAAACACCCCCACAAUUUAAUUAGUUGUUCCUUGUAUAAUUUUCCAACAGAUAAAUCCAAAUAAGUCCUCAGUGGUGGAUUUGUAGUAGGAUCACAAUCGUGAUCAUCAACAGGCAGCUGUCAGUGUUCACUUGUCAUGGUUACAGUGAUGCCAGAUAGCAGCCUAUCUGGCAAUGACACAGAAAUUUUUAAGAAUUCUGGAGAUCCAGACUAUAAGCUGCAUCACUGCCAAAAUGUAAUCACUUGGUCCUUGUGUCAUUUCUGACCUUCCCUGAAAUUUUCAUCUAAAUCUGUUAGUCUGUUUUUGAGUAACAGACAGACAGACGGAAAAACCAACGCCGCCUCGGCAGACUGAUUAAAAACACACUCAGGUAGUCACUUAGAUUAAAAACUAAUAAUUUAUCAGGUGAAUCCUGACUUUUAAUUCUGUGAUUCAAGAAGCAAAAAGACUUCACUGUUGAGGUUAAUUGAUGAUUAAGUUUAUUUUACCCUCUGAACUCCAAACAGCAGUUUUUGGGCGUUUUUAUUUCUGUUCACAUUUUUAGUCCAUGUUGGCUCAUUUUUCACUCCAACUUCAAGUCAUUCUACGCUAUGGAAACAGAACCAGAACUGUCCAAACUAAACUGAGUCCAAACGGCGACUCCUCAUCUCAAAUUUACUUUUUGGGAUAAGUAAGAAGUUACAGAGAGAGUAAUGGUGCAUUUACAUGAUGGAGCACCCAUGCAGUUUGAGACAUAUUAGCUGCAGACACCACUUAUCACCGUUUACCUUCUAAUGCCAUCUUGACUUCCCUUGCAGAAGUUUUAUUUGAUUUCUAUAACUGAAAACAAGGUCAUCCAUGCAGUUUGACAGUUAAAAUUCACAAAAUUGCAAGAAAAAGUAGAAGUUAUUUGAUUAUUUAUGCUGAAAAAACUGGAAUAAACACAUCCAACAUCUUUUCCAAGCACCCAAAGUUGGUACCAAUGCUAAAAACAUAGCAUCUCUACAUAUUAAAGUAAUUUCACUAGUAUUAAGUAGUAGUAAUUUACAUUUUUAAUUAGUUUUUACAAUCCUCUCUAUGUGUAAACACAGCCUGCAGUUCACCCAAGUUCUACAAAAAUACUAAUUAACAUUCAUUCAUUCAAAAUGUGUUUAUUAACCUGUGAAUGUGCAGCAUAUGGGUCCUUCAAUGACAUUAAAACAGAAAAAUGAAGUAAUUUGAUUAAACAAAUGGUGGAUGGAGGACCUGAGAGGGUUGAUAUUCUUUAUUCCCUACAGAUGUGCUGUUAAUCUUUGUACGUCAGACGAUGUGGAGGAAACUGGACUGUGAAUAGUUUUAUUUAAAAACCAAACCAUUUAUUGCACAUUUUGCAAUUGUACAAACAAUGAAGAACAUGAAGGCACAUAUAAGCAAUAACAAUAGCAUUAAUAAUGAAAACAAAAGCGAAAAAAAGAAUAAAGUAGAUAAAAAAUCAUUAGAAGUGGUAUACAAAGAAAAGUAUAUUACAUGGAUAAUAAUAAUAAAACUAAAUAAAUACAAAUAAAAAUAAUAAUAGUAUACAAAUGUUACUAUCCACCCACACAUAUACAUGUACAUAAGUUUAAACAUAUAUAAUACUAAAAUAAAACGCAAUGGAAAGACAAGAGUCUUCAGGUCAGAUCAUCAUUCCAGUCAUCGACCCGGACGUCCGUUUGCUCAAGGAAAUUACAAAAACUUUCCAUAUCUUCCAAAACUUGUCAAGCUUAUGACUGUGAAUAGUUAAUGUUUUACGCGAACGCUGGUCAGUUUCUGGUUGUUCACUGAGGAUCCGCAGCCUUCUGUCCUCUGCUGCCACAUGAAGUGGAUCAGACUCUUUAUUAAUGAUGGAAGGAAGAUGAAGUGUAAACUCGGGGUGGCGGCGUCCUCCCUAACGGAAGCAGAGCUCCGUCCGUUCUCGCAGUAAUGUGUCAUUACGUCCCACGUGAACCGGAGUCUGAUCUGAGGCCAGUCGGAGACGCGAGUCGCUGCUUCUUCAGCUGCAUAUAAACUGCUGCUGCUGCUGAAGGACGACGAUAUGAGCGGCUGGAUGCAGUUCAACGUCGGAGGCAUGGGAUCGACCCCUGACCUCGACCUCAACACCUCUGCUCGGCCCCGCCUCUGCGUCAACUCUUCCUGCCAGCCUGCAAUCACAGUGGGCUAUCCCUACAGCCCCACCCAACUGAUCCUCAUCGUCACGGUAGCCGCCUCCCUCAGCGUGGUCACCGUCGUCGGCAACACGCUGGUCAUCCUGUCCAUCAAGGUGAACCGCCACCUGCGGAUCAUCAACAACUACUUCCUGCUGAGCCUGGCAGUGGCUGACCUGAUCAUCGGGCUGCUGUCCAUGAACCUGUACACGCUGUACCUGCUGCAGGGCCGCUGGCCGCUGGGCGCCACGCUCUGUGAUGUGUGGCUUGUCAUGGACUACGUGGUGAGCAACGCCUCUGUCAUGAACCUGCUGGUCAUCAGUCUGGACCGGUACUUCUGCAUGACUCGGCCGCUCAGCUACCCGGUGUGGAGGACGGGCAGGAUGGCGGGAAUGAUGAUCGCCGCUGCCUGGCUGCUGUCCUUCGUCCUCUGGACCCCAACCAUUCUGUGCUGGCAGACCGUCGGCGGUCGGCGAGCCGUCCCUGAUGGCGCCUGCUACACCCAGCUCCUAGCCAGUCCGUCCGUCACUCUGGGGACCACGCUGCCGUCCUUCUACCUGCCAGCCGUCAUCAUGAUCGGCCUGUAUAGCCGUCUGUCGGCUGCUAGCCACGGUCGACUGAGCGCGCUCCGUUCAGAGCAGGGUACUCUCCGGACGUCCAGUCUCUCCAUCAAAGACUUCCUGUUGAAACGACGGAGCUGGGUGAGCAGUGACCCCACCUCCGAAGUGUCUCUGAACCAAUCAGCGUCCAGCUCGCUGAAGACCAGAAGGAAACGGAAAGCGUCCAGAAGUCCUGUUGACACGCUGGUGACGGUGGACAGCUGGAGACACCUGCAGCGUCCCGCUCGGGCCACCACCUGCCAAACUGGAGACGAAGACUACAACAAGAUCAAUAAGGACUCCUCGUCCAACUCCAACCUCCACCGGAAGGCGUCGGCGACGUUCUCCACCUGCCUCAGCUUUAGGUCUCAGGAGAGGAGACGGCGGCGAGUGACGGCGAGGGAGAGGAGGGUCACCAAGACCAUCUUGGCCAUCCUGCUGGCCUUCAUCCUCACCUGGACGCCCUACAACGUCAUGGCCGUCGUCGCCGCCUUCUGCCAUGUGCGCAUCCCAGAGAUCCUGUGGACCACCGGCUACUGGCUCUGCUACGUCAACAGCGCCGCCAACCCGUUCUGCUACGCUCUGUGCAACGUCACCUUCAGGAAAACCUUCUGCAGCCUCCUGCGAUGUCGUGGCGGAAAAGUGAAGUGACGCUUCCGUGGCAAGUAAACAAAUUUGCUCACCUGACAUGUUCCAUUGGAGACGAUUACAUUCAAAUGAAGCACAAAUUUUAACUAAUUAACCAAGAAAAGAAAACAGGAGUUGAUGUUUCCUUCUUCUGAUUGGCCAGAUAAACAGCAGGUGGAGCUAAGUUUUCAAUUAAAGCUGGCACAUGAUGAAAAUGUAUGUUUUUAUUCAAGCUCUCCUCACUGACUUACAACUAAACUCGUAUAUGGAUCUUAAAUCAUUUUCCUUAAAUCUGUCUUUGUAGAUAUAAGCCAUGUUUAAGGAUUAAUUAAUCAUUAUAUUGGUAUUAGUGCUGCAGUUAACAAUUCUUUUAAUUAUUGACGGAGCAUUUGGUGGAUGCAAGAAUGAAAAACAGUAAAAGCAAAAUACGAAUCACAGCUUCAGAACCCAUCAGAUGUCUUGUUUUACAAAACUAACCAGCCAAAAAUCCCAGAAUAUUGAAUUUACUGUAACAUAAGACAAGAUGAAGCUUUAAAUGUUCAUGUAAACAAUGAAUUAUUAAGAUAGCUGCAGAAUAAUCUAAGCUAAUAGGUCAAUUUGUCAUAUAGUGUUGGAAAAUACUGGUAUAAGUUGAAUAUAAUGACACAAAUUCUUCUUUCUGAUCAUCUCUGAUGGGAUUCACUGGUAUUUUUAAUUUAAUUAGGAACUCCCGCCCACAUAUAAAGUGUUUCAGUCAUUGCUGGUGACUUUAUAGCUGACAGAAAGUUGUUUCCUCUGAGGUCUGUAGUGUUCUGGUGGAUCAGUUGGUUAACAUGGUUUCAUCCAUCACUGGUGUUACUUUCAUGACUUGGUAAUGGACUCAACUGACAAAGAGGCAAAUGUACCAGAGUUGUAGUUACUCUUUACUCUCUUGUUGUUUUUGUUUAUUAUAUCCUGGAAACAACUUAAUGUUUUGUAAUGGCGGUGAAGCCCAGGUUUACUCCAUAUUUCUGGUGGCUACAUAGUUUGACUUAUCGUCAAUAAGCAGGUUUGUAGUGUGCAGGUGGACCGCUCAAUUGGUUGGUCGAUACUUUCAUCAGUCUUUGGUAUCGUCAUGUUGAGAAAAUCGCUACAUCAGCAGCGUUCCAGGAUUAUUCCGUUAUUUUUGGCAGACUACCGAUGAACACUUCCAUGUUUUCACAACUUUGCAACGGCCCAACCCGCUAAAGACUGUUUAUUUCAUGAAUGUUCAUUCAGAUUUGACUCCAAAGCAUUCGACACCAUGUCAAAGAAGUCGUCGAUGUGGAUGUUUUUGGUUCAUAAAGUCACAUGUAAACUUUGCAAACAUCCAACAUCAGAUCAUGUAGAAACAGCAGCUAACUCGUCAAUAAAUCUUGUGCUUCGAUUGCCAGUUGAUAUAUUUUCAAAAAUCAUAAAAUUAUGUGCAGAUUGUCUGGUUAGAUUUUUUUAUUGUUUGAGUAGAAAGUCACCAGCGUCAAAUGACAUAAUAUGCU